AUGUCCGCCUUCGCCUCCUCUCUGCGCCCGUCCCUGCGCCUGGCCGCCACGGCCCAGCCCACGCGCACCUUCAGCUCCUCGUCUUCGCGCUCCGUCGCCAAGAUGAUCCUCACUGGCCGCCUGGCUGCCGAGCCCGAGCUGCAGGCCACUUCGACCGGUCAGGACGUCAUCAAAUACGCUCUCGCCACAUCGUACGGCCCCAAAGAAAACCGCCACACAAGCUGGUUCCGCGUCUCGAGCUUCGUCCCGGAGGGCGCGCAACGGGAGUACCUCCUCGGUCUGCAGAAGGGAACUCUGGUCUACGUCGAGGGUGAUGCAAGCAUGCGCCAAUGGGAAGACGCCGAGGGCAAGAAGCAAUCCAGCCUCAGCAUUGUGCAGCGCUCACUCGAGGUCCUCAAACGCCCAGCUAGCGCUUACGAGAACGAGAGCGAUUCCCACUGA